AUGGACGAGCCAUCCAAACUGCUCACCCCACCUCCCCAAUCAUCCAUCUUCCAGCUAGACUUCCCCGCGCCCGGAGUCCUCCUUGUCACUAUCAAUCGCGAGGCACAGCGCAAUGCCGUCCCGGUCGCAGGUCACGCAGAAGGCCACCGGAUCUGGCACUGGUUCGACGACGAGCCCGCCAUCCGUGUAGGAAUCGUGACCGGAAAGGGCACCCAGGCGUUCUGCGCGGGCGCCGAUAUAGUAGAGCAGUUUGAAGGAUCCGCCAUCUAUAACAUAUCCAUGCCGGUCCCCGAAGAUGGAUUCAUGGGGCUCAGUCUGCGCCGGGGCAAGAAACCGGUCAUUGCGGCGGUGAAUGGGAUAGCAUUGGGUGGGGGAUUCGAAGCGUGUUUGAAUUGUGACCUCGUGGUCUCGUCCCCCGAAGCGGAAUUCAGUCUGCCAGAAGUGCACGUCGGAGCCUUUGCGGCGGGUGGUGGACUGGCCCAUAUCGUGCGGGCUUGUGGGCUUCAGAUCGGGAGUGAGCUGGCCCUGACUGGACGACGGAUCUCCGCACGGGAGGCGAAGAGCUUGCGGUUGGUAAAUGUCAUCGCUAAGUCACCGAAGACGGUGGUGGCUGAAGCGGUCGAAUUGGCGACGCAGAUUGUCGGCGUCUCGCCGGACUCGGUUGUCGCUUCACGAUAUGGAUUAAGAGAGGCUUUGGAAAUGGAUACGGUUGAGGGACACACACGUCGCACGACCAAACAAUAUGGGAGACCUUUGGUGGAAGGGGAGAAUUAUCGGAUUGGGCUGGAGGCAUUUGCGAAGAAGAAGCGGCCGAAAUGGGUGGAUUCGAAGCUGUAA